AAAGAAUAAGAAAUAAUUCUGUACAAUCAUCAAUAUUUCCUUCAAAAACCCAGGAAAAAAAGAAAUUGGGUUCUUCAAAUUCCAGUUCUAACUUCCAAGUUGAGUCUACAAUCAGGCUGAGAUUUCUUCCAGUAAAUUGGUAUAUUUUUCAAUUCAGGAGCCUUGACCUCUACGACUCUACCUUGUCUUUUUUUCUUUGGCGCCUACUCCCUCACAAGAUGGAAGAUGAAUCACGUAACGUUGGACAAGUACCAGAUAUUGAUGGCAGUAUAACUCUGGAGAGUGGCAAUGACAGGGUAGAAUUAGAUGCCCAAAACAUAUCUACUGAUGGAAGAAAAGAAUUUGUUGCUCCUUCUAUUGGGAUGGAAUUCGAGUCAUAUGAUGAUGCAUACAACUAUUAUGUCUGUUAUGCCAAGGAGUUGGGUUUUCGUGUUAGAGUGAAAAAUUCAUGGUUCAAAAGGAACAGUAAGGAGAAGUAUGGUGCAGUACUUUGUUGUAGCAGCCAAGGUUUUAAACGAAUCAAAGAUGUAAAUCGUUUGAGGAAGGAAACUCGUACUGGCUGUCCAGCAAUGGUUAGAAUGAGAUUAGUAGACUCAAAAAGAUGGAGAAUUCUUGAAGUUACACUUGAACACAACCAUUUGUUGGGAUUCAAAAUGUACAAGGCAAUAAAGACGGUUGAUGUGGACUCGAAGAAGAAGCCUCUCUCGAAUUCUAAUGCGGAGGGGCAGACAAUUAAGUUAUACAAGGCAGUUGUGAUAGAUAAUUUAGAAACCGAAUACUUAAAUAUUGGUGCAAAAGAAAUACAGGGUUUUGCUAACCAUCCAAAUCAGCUGAACCUCAAGAAAGGUGAUGCACAAGCUAUAUACAAUUACCUUUGUCGUAUGCAGUUGACUAAUUCAAACUUCUUUUACGUGAUGGAUUUCAGUGAUGAAGGGUAUAUUAAACAUGUCUUCUGGAUUGAUGCUAGGUCUAGGGCUGCAUGUGGUUAUUUUGGUGAUGUUAUUUUCUUGGAUAACAGUUACUUGGCUAAUAAAUAUGAAAUUCCCUUGGUGGUGUUUGUUGGAGUAAAUCAACAUGGCCAAACGGUGUUGUUGGGUUGUGGUCUGCUUGCCGGAGAGACAACAGAGUCAUACACGUGGUUGUUGAAAACAUGGCUCAAAUGUAUGUCUGGUCGCUCGCCACAGACUGUGAUUACUGAUAUGUCUCAGGCUUUGAAGAAUGCCAUUAGUAAUGUAAUCCCUAGAUCACUUCAUCGUUAUGGUAUUUCGCAUAUUAUGAGAAAAGUCCCCGAAAAAUUAGGAGGGUUGCACAAUUAUGACGCUAUCAGGAAGGCGCUGACUAAAAUAGUAUAUGAAACUCUGAAGGUGGGUGAAUUUGAGGCUGCUUGGGGACAUAUGGUUCAACAAUAUGGGAUAUCUAAUCACGAGUGGCUCUGUUGUUUGCAUGAGGAUCGGGCUCGAUGGGCACCUGUCUACUUGAAAGACACCUUCUUUGCCGGUAUGUCAACAGCUCGACCUGCUGAUAUUCUUCAUCCGUUUUUUGAGAAGUAUGUACAUAAACAAACCCCCUUAAAAGAAUUUCUGGACAAAUAUGAGUUAGCUUUACAUAAGAAGCACAAGGAAGAAACCCUGUCUGACGUCGAGUCGAGAAGUUCAAACUUGCCGCUUAAAACAAGGUGCUCUUUUGAACAGCAGCUUUCUAAGAUCUAUACAAAGGAUAUAUUCCAGAAAUUUCAGCUUGAGGUGGAGGAGAUGUAUUCCUGUUUUAGCACGACACAGAUCCAUGUUGACGGGCCAUACAUUAUAUUUUUGGUGAAAGAACGUCUUAUUGUCGAGGGCAACAAGAGAGAGAUUCGAGACUAUGAAGUAUAUUACAAUAGAGCAUCGGCAGAAGUUCGUUGUAUUUGCAGCUGCUUUAACUUUAAUGGUUACCUCUGUCGACAUGCAUUAUGUGUGCUUAACUAUAAUGGGGUAGAGGAGAUCCCCGCAAAAUAUAUUUUGUCGAGAUGGAAAAAAGAUUUUAAACGCUUGUAUGUCCUAGAUAACAAUACAAACGUUGUAGAUACCAAUGAUCAGAUUCAAUGGUUUGAUCAAUUGUAUCAAAGUUCAUUACGAGUUGUCGAGGAAGGGGUCAUCUCUCUAGAUCAUUAUAGGAGUGCUUUGCAAGCCUUUGAGGAGUCAUUGAACAGAGUGUACAGUGUAGAAGAAAAACAUGAAUAGUAUGAAAAUAUUAUGUUCAUAAAUGUCGGUGCUGCUUGGAUGUUUCGGUACAGAAAUGGGUUCUUUCUCCCUUCACUGGAUCUUUCUUCCGAUCAAAUGCUGUCAUUUCUAAUGUGCUACAAGAAGCAAGCUACAUCACAGGAAAUGUCAAGAUGGACAUGGUAAUUCUCAACACUGCUAGCUUUCAGGAGGUGACGUUUUCAUGAAGCUGAAAGAGAUCGACGAACAUGGCGGAAUUACAUUAGAUUUUCCAUCAAAAUGGCAAAGACUGAAGUAGAAAAACUCGCAGAUUUUGCUGUUGAUGUGGUUUCUAAGUCUUAGCAUGCUGAACAACAUGAUAAGCCCAUGAUUAUAUGCUCUUUAGGCUUAUAUUCAACGAUUGUUCUUAGAAAAUAGACCAUUAUUCUUGUAAAGGCUCUUCCUCCUGUGGAAUCUUUGACCUUUCACUACUUAUCAUGAGUUCAUGACCAUUAGUCCCUAAGGCUGUGUUCGGAGUUCUAGGGUCAAGUUUUCGAGUUUCAUCAAUGAGUUGCACAUUCUAUUAUUAAUGUUAUUAAAUGACUUGGCGGUGUUUGUAGGUCCAGUUUGAAACAACCUUAACUUAAUAGUUGAUGGUGAUAACGAAAAUUGUUUUCAAUUGGUCAGUAUUAUACGCAACUUCACAUAAAUACGAAUAAUACAUGAUUAAAUACGUUAUUUUUUAAUAAUGCUUGUUGUAAUCUAAAACCAAACCAAAUAAGGCCCUAUUUAUUUUUUAACCAUUCAUAAAUAUUUCAUAUGUUCAUAUGAAUUUCUGGUUACAAGUCCAUUAAGAUAAGUUGCAAAUUUAAAAGGACUGGUUACAAGUCUAUUAAGAUAAGUUCUAAGUUUAAAGCAAAU